UGAAUAGCUGCUUACUUUGCCUAGUCUAGUCUAUACAGGUCCACGGGUACUCAGAUCUCGAUAUGGACCUUAGUGUGUGUGUGGUGGGACACGCGUAGUAUCGUAAUCGUCAAUUGUAUGUUAUAGCUCUACAUGUUUGCGUGCGACAUUUGUGAUCAACAGCAGUGCUGAAUUACCCUUCACGCGCCGCGCAAGUCACGCAUUUCAUUGUCAUUAAGCUUGCAUGGCUGAACUCUCGAAUUGAUCCUUUGCUCAAGCUUGACAACACCUUCAACAUGAUCGUCACAGUCAUACAGAUCCUACUGCUGUCGUUUCCUUUCUAUUUCAUAGCUCUUGCUUUCUACCGUCUAUUCCUCGACCCGCUCUCGAGAAUUCCAGGUCCUAAAAUCGCCGCGAUCACAAGAUACUAUGAGGCCUACUAUGACGUAGUCAAGAAGGGUCAAUACACUUUCAAGCUCCGCGAGCUGCAUGCGAAAUACGGUCCUAUCGUACGCAUCAGUCCCUAUGAGAUCCACAUUCACGAUCCUGCUUUCUACGAGAAGCUCUAUCGCCAAGAUGGCCGUUGGAACAAGUACGGCUGGGCUUGGGAUGCGCUGAACGGCCCUGGAGCCACGAUCCACACCGUCGACCACGAUUUACACAGGCGCCGUCGCGUCCCGGUAAACCCAUACUUCUCCAAAGCCAGCGUCGCCCGCAAGCAUGGCAUGAUCCAAGGACACGUCAAGGAGCUCCUCGACCGCCUCGACGAAUCCGCAGCCGCAGGCUCAACAGUCAACAUCGGUGGAGCACUCACAGCACUGGCAUACGAUGUCGCUACAGACUUUGUCCUGGGCAAGUCCUACGGCCUCCUCCAACACCCUACCUUCAACGUGACAAUGACAAAAGUCGGCCAGAGUGGCGGCGCAAUCUGGCGCGUCUCAAAGCACAUCCGCGGCUACAUGAAGCUCAUGAAGAAGAUCCCCAGCAGAUUCAUGCAGAAGACCGACCCAGCCUUCGUGGAAUGGUUCAAGUUCGCCAGCGAAAUCCGCAGCAUCGUCUCCAACACCAUCACCACACACGGCACCGCCGCCCAAUCCGACAACAAGGCCGCCCGCAACGCAAUCGACGUCAUCCUCGACUCCGACCUCCCGCCCGAGGAAAAACUGCCCAUGCGCAUCCAGCAGGACAUCUCCGUCUUCGUCGGUGCCGGCACCGAAACAAGCUCCAGCGUGCUGCGCAUGAUGCUCUACCACGUCUACACCACGCCCUCCAUCCUCCACACCCUCCGCGCCGAACUCCUCGACUCCGCCGUCGACCCGCUCUCCGACCCCGUCUCCAAACUCGAACAAUUACCCUACCUCACCGCCGUCCUGACAGAAGGCAUGCGCCUGAGCCCCGGCCUCGUCACGCGCGCCGCCCGCAUCGCCCCUGAUCGCGACAUCGUAUACGCCGACAGCUUCAAGAUCCCCGCCGGCACGCCCGUCAGCAUGACUAUCUACAACAUGCACAUGGACCCCAGCAUCCACGCUGAUCCCAAACGCUUCGACCCAGAGCGCUGGCUCGUCAAGCCCGGCGAGAAGAAGCCGUUCUGGGCGGGCUUCGGCAGAGGCACGCGGAUAUGUAUCGGCAUGCACGUCGCCUGGGCAGAAAUAUACACGGCCUUUGCAGCGCUCGUGCUGCGCUACGACGUCAAGUUCAAGGACGACGUCGGCGCGCAGGACGUUGAUUGUAUCGCCGAUGCAAUGGUUCCUGCCACUGCGCGCGUGAACGGCAUCAUAGGCUGGGUAUCACGGCGCGAGUCGUAGAACUGGAUGUAUAUCGUUGGUUUAGCCAUGCGCUGUGAUGGUUUUUGGAAGGCUGGCUUCCAUGUGCGUGCACGACGACGAGAGCGGACGGCGGGGUUAUGUAUUGUGCGAUGGAUGGACGGAUGGACGGAUGGAUGGAUGGAUGGACAGAUGCGUAUUGCGUCUACGCUGGGACGCGCACGGAAGUCUUGUAGGCUCUUUCAUGCUCUCUUCAAUGUCUCACAUCCAUACGUAUCAUACAUGAAUGACUGGGCGGCAUGCUUGUUCACCUACAAGUUACCUACACGAAGCUACGAAAGUCGUAAUGUUGCUCAAGAUUUAUAUAUAUAUCAAUCAAUCAAUCAAUCAAUCAAUCAGUCAGUCAAUCAACC